GGGCUCCAUGGCCUCCCACUGCGGUUGUAAAUACGACACAACUUACUGGGACUCACUUUAUCAGAAGGUUUGGAGUCCUUUGCCUUCAGUAGACAUCAAACUUCAAACGGAACUACAGUACAUGAGCUCUUUUUUGGCUGGGACCCUCUCGACCAAGCAUGACUGCGUUUGGGGAACCAGGUGUCCGACCGAACACCACGUCCUACGAUGAAGACCCUUACAUCUUCUCCACCGACACUCUGCCCAGUGACCGGCGCUUCCUCCCUCCUCUAGCCAACGGGCUGCUGGGAUGGAGGGUGUACAACAAUAUCAUGCACAUGGGCGGUGUGUAUAACGGGGAGGGCGGAAGUUGUCACCGUGCAGAUGUCCCCUGUCCUCUCAAUGUGAGGGUGGAGAUGGACGAACCAGCCCAGCACACCUACAGCCUGGACACCCACACAGGCAUUUUCACCCACAGCCUGAGCUCAGCAAGAGCGAAGGUCUCACAGUCUCUGUAUUCACACCGAUACUACCCCAACCUGAUGGUGAUGGAGAUUCUGCUGGUGCGUGAGGAGACCUCGGAAGGGCCGAUCACCGUGAAUCUGCUCAGCUCAUUCACACCUCAGAGCAAAGACAUUGUCUUUGAGUCUCGCCCUGAUUACAAAGGAGGAAGUCACAUCCAAGGAAAGGUGACCGCCGCCGAGUUCCCGGGAGGUUCCUGUCCAACAGUGCACCUCAUCUGGACCCCUGAACGCCCCACUCUGACACUGCUUCCAGAACAGCGUCAGGCCCGUUGGGCCUUCAUCCUGGUUGCGGCCAACAGUUUAGAAACAGCGGAGGCCAAUUAUGACGAGGGCCUGGAUCUGAUAGCCACCGGGGACCUGCGUCCGUCUCACGAGAAGGCCUGGAAGGAGCUGUGGCUGGAGAGCACGGCGGAGGUGACAGGGUCGGAGCCCCUCUGCAAGGCUCUGAUAGGCUGCUUGUUUUACCUCCUAAGCGCCUUCCCGUCCAUACAUGACACCUCCAGCACUUUUGGUGGAGUCAGUCCAGGCGGACUGUCUAACGGUGGGGAUGGGCAGGACUACUGGGGCCACAUCUUCUGGGACCAGGACAUUUGGAUGUAUCCCGGCAUAGCGCUCUUCUAUCCCAUGCUAGCCCGAUCCGUGCUGGAGUACCGGGUGGGGACUAUAGAUGGGGCAAAGGACAAUGCCCAGAAGCAGGGCUUCAAGGGACUGAAGUUCCCGUGGGAGAGUGCUGUGUCGGGGAGGGAGGUGUGUCCCGAGGACAUUUAUGGACAACAAGAGAUUCACAUAAAUGGAGAUGUCACCCUGGCCUUCCAACACUAUCUCUACCUCACUGAGGAUCUGUCCAUGUUUGCAGAGGGCCGGGGCAGUGAGGUGAUCUACGGUGUGGCAGAUUACUGGGUUUCUAGAGCGUCGUGGAACCCCGAUGACAAGAAGUAUCAUCUCCUAGGUGUCAUGCCACCUGAUGAGUAUUACUACAAUGUCGACAACUCUGUGUACACAAACACAGUGGCCAAAUUCAGUCUCCAGUUCGCUGUAGAUUUGGCCGACCUCCUGCAACAUCCGGCACCUAAAGAAUGGCAAGAAGUGGCCCAUAACCUCAAAAUACCUUUUGACGAAGAAGCCCAGUACCAUCCUGAGUUCGAUGGAUAUGUCAAAGGUCAUCCAGUGAAACAGGCAGACACGGUGAUGUUGGGCUAUCCUCUAGGACUGCCGAUGACCCCAGAGAUCAGGAGAAAUGACCUUGAAGCGUAUGAACCAGUGACAGACCCUAAUGGUCCGGCCAUGACCUGGGGAAUGUUUGCAAUCGGCUGGCUGGAACUGGGGGAGGCUGCGAAAGCUCAACAUUUACUUGACAAGUGCUACAAAAACAUCCAGGGACCGUUCCAGGUAUGGAGUGAAUCAUCAGAUGGCUCUGGUGCAGUCAACUUUCUCACGGGGAUGGGAGGAUUCCUGCAAGCUGUGCUGUUUGGUUAUACGGGCUUUAGAGUGCAGAAGGAAUGCUUGGCCUUUUCCCCACUUCUUCCUGAGGACAUUUCUGAGCUGUGCAUCCGUGGCGUGAACUACCUGGGCUCUCAGAUGGACUGGCUGCUGAGGAAAGAUGAAGUUUGCAUCGUGCUGAGGGAAAAGGCCGACACUAAGUCCUGUGAUCUUCAGCUUGUCCUCAAGGCAUCAGGAACUAAAAUCCCUCUCACACCAGGGAAGGCGGUAACCUUUCCUCGAGAAUCCGGGUGUGUUUGUAAAGUGGCUCCGGGAUAUUCCUGUUGGCCUCUCUGAAAACAGCAAAAGACCCUGCUCAUCAUUUACCUGCAGUUCAAACAUUUCAUAUCCAAGCUACUGUUAAGAUGUGUGUUCCCAUUCGAUCGAGAAUUAGCAAUCAUUGACAAAAUGUGUGAAAUUCUUAGUAUUAUAAUAUGCCACCAGCUUUUAUAAAACCAUUAACCAAGGUUGUAUUGUAUAUUCAUUAUAUCCAAAUAAACUCUGUACGUGA